AAAAGUCGGGGUCUGUAGCAUGACAGUGGUAUACAGUACGGUAUGAUACGGUAUAUCUCCACGUGCCUUCUGCAGAUUGCUGAUUGCCACUUCUGUGAGUUUUGUUCCUAACUUGCUCCAGCUCUUUCUGCCCCACACUUUUUCUUCGACCCUUCGAAACAACUACCAAAAUCACUCUGCAUUGACCUUUUCCUCUCCCCGAUCGAUUAUCCUUCUAUUCUCGCUCAAGGCUGGCUCCUUCGACUGGUUAAUUGUUGCUGCCUGAUCAAUCGUGGGUGCAGGUGUAAUACAAGAUAACAUUGACUUGGGUUGCGCGACCUUGGCUGCUCCCAAGCAAUUUGUUCCACAUUCCUCAGACACCAUGCCACAAAACACAUCCACAUCCACAUCCUCGCCUACUGCCACCACACCCACAUCCAAGACCUUGGUCUGUCGCGUAUGUGAGAAGGGCUUUUCCAAGGCUGAGCAUCUGAGGAGACAUGAACGCUGUCAUACGGGAUCGAAGCCUUUUGUCUGCAAAGAAUGCCGGCGUCCUUUUGCACGCCAAGAUGCUCUUACUCGACAUGAAAAGCUACAUGUCCGUGCUGCGAAUACCAAGCAGGCUCAAGCAAAUCAAUCCGCCGUACAUGUGCCUUCGCAGGCGCCGCCUCUAGAUACUCUUGCUUGGGACACUACUCGAGCCACUGCGCCGGAAGUGGCAUCUACGUCGACAUCCAACAAUACUUGGGAGACGUCGCAGGCCGAACAACAUUCUGGUCUGCAACAUGCUGGCUCCGACCUUGACUUUACAUUAAUAUGGCCCGACUCCGAGAAUUUGUUUCAAAGCAUCAUGGCAUGUGAUACGACUGACCAGUGGCAGAUGCCACUCGGGGCUCUGCCUUUUCCACCUGUGGUGCAAGAUGUGAAUGGAAUGAAUUUUGGCUCACCAAAUUCCUUCGAUGACAGGGGCGCAUCGAUAGGCGCCAUCCCGUCAGGCGGUAGCCACCAGGCCGUGCGAGAUGUCACUGAGAUGGUUACAAGCUCGUCGUCGAGCGUGACAGCAGCGAUCAAAGCAACCUCGAUAACCUCGGUCUUCCUUGACGAAUGCCUUCACAUGUUCUUUGUGCGCUUCAUACCUACUUUCCCCAUUUUGCAUCGAGCAACUUUCGUUUUCCGUGAAUGCACCCAUCCUCUGCUCCUCAACGCCAUGGCGCUUGGGUCCCUUUACCUAGGCCCUAAAGACUCUGUCUCUAAAGGAGAGGCGUUAUGGCGCCUAGCACAUACGGCAAUUGCUACUUCUUGGCAGUCUUUGAUCACACAUCGUGGACCGUACGAUGCUUGCAAAGGAGUCCAGCUCCUUCUGACGGCCCUCUUGGGACAAAUAUAUGGCGCCCUGUCUAAGAAUCGACAAAUCCGCACCACAAGCCAGGUCUUUCGCCCCCUCGGUUUCUUCUGGGCAAGACAUUGCGGGAUGCUAGAUUGCGAACCCUUCCCCAUGGAAAGCGUGCCUUUCCCCAGCGCUUCUAUUAGUGAGAAGGAAAACAGGUGGCGAACUUGGGUGGCAAGGGAAAUACAACAACGUGCAUUACUUGCUUACCACAUUCUAGACGGUCUCGUCGCGCAGAUGUCUGGAGAUGGUGCUUCCACACGGCACGUUGCCAACCCACUAAUUCUUCCGAGCAGCGAAGCUGCAUUCGAUGCCGGUAAUGUCGAUGAGUGGAUCACUACAAUGCGUUCUCAACGGUCCGAGCAGCCUUCAUUUCGACUCGUCUUCCGUUCCCUCUUCCCUCCAAUUGGCAGUUUCCGUCCAUUAGACUAUCAAUUCUCCGCUUUCGCUCUACGGGUGGUUCUUGAGGGGCUGCAAUCUUUAGUUUCUGAUUCCGAUGAGAGCGACUUAGCGGCUGUCGGUGUUCCUGGCCGCUCCGACGUCCGGAGGGCGCUGGCCCAAGUGCAUGAGACCAUUACCAUGAGCAUUCAUCUUUCAGCCCCGGAAAGACUUGAGGUCCUCCUCCGUUGGCAUACGAUCUGCCUGGACACCAUGAUAAAUUCCACCAUUCUCUGCAGACAUGUUUGCUCUCGUUACGAUAUCACGCAGCAUGUCUCUGGCGGUUCUCGGACGAUUAGGCCGGGAUUUGAUAUGGUUAAGUGGGUCAAUACUGAAGAUGCUCGUCGCGCAUUGCUGCAUGCCAUCGCGAUUCAGGAUAUUGUCGAGCAACUACCUAGGGGGCGUGCUCAUGUUAUCCACAUGCCAAGCUCUCUGUUCUCCGCAACGACGAUUUACGUUGUGUUCUCACUCGCCGGGGUAACCAACAUCCACCUUCCACGUACUGUUGUCUGGCAAGAUGCACUACUUUCCCGGGCUGAUCUGAACAUUGGCUCCGAUACUAUUCGCUCCUCGACCGGAUCGGAGACUCGUCGCUUCGUUGAAGAGGGCCGCACCGACUCUCCACCAGGAAUGGGCGCCGUGCGCAAUUUACUGUAUGAAAUGAAUUCAUUACAGAAAUUAUUUCGCUGCUUGUUCUCUCAGUGGGGUAUUGCCCAUGAUAUGGAGGAAAUCAUCGAUCAAUGGAUCACCCUUUGCCACUGAAUGGCAUUGGUGUAUGCACCUAUGCCUUUUCGGGCAUCUGCUCAGCUUUCAAAUCUCGAUGCAGAUGAGCUGCUGGGCGUGGGUCAACACCAAUUACAACCG